AUGUCGAAGAACCUGACACCAUAUGGCACAGCCACGCAAAGUUCGUCUUAUUCGAUUGACGAAAAUAAAGGUAGACCAGAAUAUGCUAUCAAACCUCCAAUAUCAAAUCAAUAUAGUCUAGAUCAGUGUUCAAGUACAAAACUGACAGGAAGUGGCAAUUUGAAAGUAUGGUGGAUGUUUGAAUUCUCUUUCGACACAGCAUACAUCACAGAUAUAACAAUAUAUUACAGAGAAAACUAUGCUAUUAGAAUGGAUGGAUUUAAAUUAUAUGUGACCAAUACAUCAACCAUUCCACCUGAAGGAUUUCUCUGUUACGAAGAUCCUAGUACAGGUCUUCCAAACACCACUCAGACAAUUCCAUGUAAUCAACUUGGAAAAUAUGUAAUUUAUUACGACAGCUCCGGAUCGGAUGAAUCAAGUAAAACAGAUGUUUAUGAACCUAUUAUUGAGUUAUGCUAUGUUGCCAUUAAUGAUAACAAUGCAUUUAAAGGUUCCAUUUUACUACCACCAAGUGAUAAUACAGUAAAUAGUCUAGUCAAUGAUGGAAAUAAAACCUCAUGUGUAACAAUAGAAGGUCCGGAAAUAUGGGUUCAGGUAUAUCCAUCAAAUGGACCAGUUAAUGGUGGUACAUUGCUGACAAUUACAGGGAAAUAUCUUGGAAAUGCUAAUGAUGAUAUUUCUGUUAAUAUUAGUGGAGUAAUAUGUAACAACGUUACAGUUAGAAAACCAAAUACUGAGUUGACUUGUGUUAUUGGAGAAGGCAACACCAAUCAGACAGUGGGAAUAAGUGUCUCAGUCAAUUCAACUUAUUACAGCAACCAAACUUAUAAAUACUUCAGUUUUAAGGAACCUAUGAUCAUAAAUGUCUCACCAUUAAAAGGAAUCGUUUUUGGUGGUACAACUGUGACAAUUAGCGGUGAACAUAUUGAUUUUAAAGGACAAGAUCGGUACAAUAUAUCUUUUUGUGACGAGGAUUUUUGUAUAAAAUGCAGUCUUUUAGAAGAUACUAUCAGGUCAACACACAUCAAAUGCAAAACUGGAAAUUCUCAAAAACCUCGAAAUAUGACCCUGCUACACAUUGUGAUUGAUGACUUGACAAUAUUUGAACUGCGCAGAACAUUUCAAUACUUACCAGAUCCAACGUUUAAUAUUUCAAGUGAACCACAAACAGCUCAAAAGAGCGGAGGUUCAACAUUUACCAUUCAAGGUGAAGGUUUCAAAAAUGUAGGAGAAGUAACAGUUGAAAGAGUGGAAAGACCUUGCGAUAUACCAGAUGAUUAUUCAGCUGUUUGUGAAACACCUCCACAAUUAGGAAAUGAAACUAAUCAAACCGUUAUUGUUCAUUUCGAUGGAUUGACAGUUCAGAUUCCAUUAGAAUAUGUAACCGAUCCUACCUUCGAAAAAUUCAAAGGCGUUAAAGAAUAUGAUAAAGAGUCUUCUAUCAAAAUUAUGGGUAAAAAAAUUUUAAAUGGAGCACGACCUACAGACUACACAAUACAUAUUGGUUUGGAUGGAAGUUGUUUCAUCACUGAUAUAACUAUGCAACUAAUUACAUGUUUCCCACCAAAAUCGGUACCUCGGACAAAUAAAACAGAUGUGAAUACGGUUCAUGUUAUUGUUAAUGUUGGAAACAUCAAAGCGUAUAUUGGUGACCUACUAUACAAAGAAGACGUCAAUACAUUAGCCUUUGUAGUUGGUGCUUUGGCUGCCGCAUUGGCCUCAGCUAUUGUUAUUGGCGUAUGUGCUGUAGUUAUUUUACGAAAGAAGAAGAAAAAGACUAUCAAAGAAUUUAAAAUGGAACUUAUGACAAGGGAAGAAACGAUACGAAAAGCUAGUAGAGAAGAAUUCGCUGAUGCCCAAAUGAAUAUCAGGGACAUAAAAUCGGACCUCGUUACUACAAAAGUGCCAUAUUCAAGCUAUCAAAACUAUAUACUUCAUCAGCUGUUUCCGAACCAAGACAUAAGCAAUAAUCCGUUACUUCAUGAUUCAGAGAUAACAGAUGACAGGAAAGCCGGAAUAAAAAGUGCAGUCGAAAAGUUUGAAAUGUUGCUGUCAAAUAAGCUUUUCCUGAAGUCACUCAUUCAAACAUUAGAUCGACCGAAUAUGCUGACAAUGCAAGAGAAGGCUCAUUUUGCAUCUGUGUUGUCGAUCUCAUUGCUUGGAAAUAUGAGACUCUUUUUUGAUCUGGUUCAGUGUCUACUGGUUGAUAUGGUUCGGUCAUCAACGAAAAAGCAACAUAAAGUUUUAUUCCGAAGGUUUGACUCGAUAACUAUGAGAUUAAUGGUCAAUUGGUUACAGAUAGGACUGUACAAACAUUUAACGUCACGCAGCGGGAUACAUCUGUUUAUGCUAUAUAGAGCAGUGCAAACAAUUAUUGAAAUGGGACCAAUAGAUGCACUGACAGGUAAUUCAAAGAACACAAUUGCAGAGGAGAAGCUACUUAAAAUGAGGAUUGAACAUCAGAGUCUUACACUGCAAAUAGAUUUGAAUGGAAACAGUGACCAGCAUUAUCCUGUUAAAGUUCUCGACUGUGAUACAAUAUCACAAGUCAAACAGAAAUGUUGUGCGCAGAUUUAUAAGAAUAAACCUGCUUCGGAGAUUCCACACAAUGAUGAACUUUCUUUGGAAUGGCAACAGGGAAAAGCAGGAAAACUUUUGCUGAAUGAUAUUGACAACACUAGUGAUAGAAACAAUGGAUUGGUAUGCCUGAAUACAUUAAAACAUUAUAUGGUUCAGGACGACAGUAAAAUGGCACUUAUGUACAAACAACAUGACGACGACGAUGUUUAUGUGAAUUCAACUGGAGUAAGAACUGAAAGUGUGACGUCAGAGGAUAUCACAUUACUGAUGCCAGAAAAAUGUGGAGGCGAAGAACUAGAAACACAGAAAUGGCACUUGGAAACAUGUUCGCCAAAUCUAUCAGAUGACAUAAAGUCAAACAGAGAGACUGACUUCGGGGACAUAUUUUUAAAUAGAUUAUUCCAUACCAAGUUGCUCUUAACCGAUUACAUUGAUUCAACGUUUGAAGGACUGAUAGAUCCACAAUCACUAUCCAUAUCCAUUCGAUACUUCCUAGGCAUGUUGGAUAAAAUUGGAAACGAUUUUAAAAUUGAAACAGAAGUCUUACAAGCAUGGAAAAAUGAGUGUUAUGGUACACGAGUUUGGGCUCCACUGAUUGGUAAACCAAACAUACUGUUUGAUGUUAAUGUACCUGGUCAUGUGGAACCAUGUUUGGACAUUAUAAGACAAGUGUUUGUAGAAAGCUUUACACAAACAGCUCAUAAAGUUAACAAGGAAUCACCACCACAGAAAUUGUUGUUCCAUAAAGAUAUACCAAGAUAUAGAAAACUCAUCGACCCUUUCUUCAUUCGAGUAGAACCAGUGACUGACAAGGAAUUCUGGAGUGAAAUAGACGAAAUAUCAAAUACACAGAGAUCAGAGCUGAAGUUCAGUCGACAAUCAACCAUUCAUCAGCUGUAUAAUUUGUUUAUUGGGAAGUACAAAUCUGAGAUUGUUGAUGAUUUUGAGGACAUGGAAGAAAGUAAAGAUCUUCAAUUUGCAAAUAAACUUGAAGAAGUGAUAGAUUUGAUGGAGGAAUCAGCAGCUGGUUCUUAGUUUCAGAAAUCUCUCUCAUCUCAUAGAACUGUUGAUAAAUGUGUUGUAUAACCUGUGUGCCUGUAGAGAUCUAAUUGAAUAAAAACAAACUACGAUAUACCAGUAACUUUUCGGGUAUUAUUAUAGAUUAGGUGAGAUCAAUCAUAAAUGUUUUGUUAGAUCAACAGAUUAUUUUAGAAUUCGUAAAAUGAAAAACCAACUUGCAAAUGGAUUGACGCGAUAUUGAACGUGCAAUUAUAAUAUGUAAAAAAAAAUGUGUACAAACUUUAUAUAAUUAUUAUCACUAAUUGUACUUUUGUACUUUAAUAAGAAUUCAUUAUUGCUAGUUCUUCAGAAAUGUAAAACAUUUCUUCAUUUCAUGUUAGAAGUGGAGUCAAAAUUUUUAGAGUCAAAAAACAUAAUAUGCAUUAUACAUUUCUUUACUCAUUACAUUAUAUAUUAUACAUUCCUUUACUAAUUACAUUAUACAUAUUUACAUACUACAUCUAGUUAUAUCAUUCCUCAUACGUCUUUUUUCACAGACUUUUUACUUUAUUACUGUAUUAUGACAAAUCAUUUUAUACCUUAACUAUUUUUAAUUGAAGAAAAAUUGAUAUUGUCGUUUUAAAAAUCAAAAAUCAACAACAUCAUAUAUUUUAGUUAGAUUUUUAUUAUAGAGAGUUCAUUAAUUUACAUGCUAAUGAUACUUUUACAAUAUUUAAAAAAAAAUGGAUUUCUUUAAUAUUGAUCAGACUCUAAUGCAAACCCAAAUAGAUAUUGACAUAUUGUCAUGAUUUUUUUUAUUUUUAGAGUAUUCAUGUUGAUGGCUGAGUUAAAAAGACCUCGCGGUUUAAAAUUUAAUUUAAAAGAAGCAACAACAAAAAAAGAGUCUGUGUUUUUUUUAUUACAAAAUGUUGGAGUUUACUAUGCUUAAGUAUAUCUAUUUAUCCAUUAAAUGAGUAAUGCUUAUUGUGUUGUUAAUUAUGUCUUGCUGUUUUCAUUGCAUCAUAAAUGUCAUGUUUUACAUAUUAAAAAAUCAUUUAUCAAAACAAA